CCGGCGGUUGAAGUUGGUUGCGCGCGCAUUCUAGCGGGAUACCCCUUUGAUAUUUUUUUCACUUCUCGGACAGCAUCCCGCGUGGUGUGGUUGGCAGUGAGCAGCAGCUCCUUGUUUUCAGACUUCUCAAUCUUAGCGGACGUUUCAAGGUUUCCAGUUCCUACACCCAAUACCAGUGAACUUUUUUCUUUCAUUCCUGGCCACAGUAAGUGCCUUUUAUUUCAUUUUAUGUUUUUCUAAUCCUUUUACCCCCUUUUCAUUCUAUGGUUGGGUUCGAAAAUGAAACUCCACCCAUGGUGAUAUGUCAGAAGCUCCACCCCGAGUGUUCCAUGCAGUAGGAAGCCACGCCUACCCACCAAAGGAGGUGGAGCUUUGAAUGGCAUUGAUGGUUUAGCUGUUGUCCGCCAGGGCGACGCUGCAAUCGUUGCGCGCUUCUUUGACUGUUUUUUAACGGACCAUCUCUUUGCGCCGACGCCGAGCGGUAGGAGCCGAGUCCGAAGCCAUCCUGUACGAAGGAAGGACGUGUGAACAGCGGCUUUGUGUUUUGUUCUCGCUGUACAGUUUUUUUUUUUGUUAUUUCUUUUCGAGUGCUCAGGUCUGGUCCAGUACCGCAUUUGACGGUUGGGCCUGCAGGCGACGAUUGGCAGUUUCAAAUUGUUCCGUGUGCCUGUUUUAAUAACCAAUUUUAGUGUAUAUUUGGUUGCACCAGAUGAAGUAACAGCGCAGUUUGUGAGUUCCCCACGGUCAAGAUGAAAGUGUGUGUGUUUUUCAGUGAAAAGGAAAAUGUUUGGAUCAGAUAGUGAGGUACAGACAUAGGUUUGUGUUGUGUGUGGAAUCAAGAUCUUAAAAAUAAGUUACGAAAUAUAUUCCGAUCUGUUUUGAAAAUUAAUGGAAAAGAUGGCGGACCACAAGAUAAGUGAAGGCGGGAAAAUGUAUGCUGGAGCAGUAUGUGUGACGUGUGUAAGCAUUUCGGGAUAGGUCCGCAGCCGUAUGAAGGAGAUUUUCAAGGAUGCUGGAUCCUGAGUCAUCCUUGCACAGUGGAAGAGCGUCGCUUAUCCGCAGAAACUGGGAACUUGGAAACAAGUGACAGUGCGGCGCUUGGUGAGUACGAAACUGCAGCGUCCGUCCCUAUUUGGCUCUUGCAGACGGCGAAAGUCGGUAUGCUGAUGGGAGAGCAGGCCUUCCGAGCGCCGCCAUGUUUACGUGGGCCGUCACGUGCAACCAGUCUCAUGGCAGGUAGACCUAUAAGCAGAGGGGCCACAGAAGGCAAACAUGUCAAUUGGACGGAGCUCCAGAUAGUACCAGGUACUAUCGUGCCAUAUGCCCGGACGGACCGAGGAGAACCACGGAAGACCUCAUUCAUCCAAGUUGCUUGGCGACGUACGAAUUCACGAAGCUGUCGUCACACGCUGCGCGAACUCAACCUCAGAGUUUCCCGUCUAAAGACAUGUUCUUUCGUCGAGGCCGAUGCGCUUCUGCGGCCAUGUGUCUCGAGCAGUGCACCACCAGGAGCUGUUCAAGUAUGGAAGCGGAAUCUACAGGGGAACACAAGAUGUCGAACCGCAUGGCACUUGGAACUGUAACCGUGGAUCCGUGGAAGCCCUCACUACCUUACAUGCCUGAAAUGCCGUUGAGUCUGGCUGGAAGUGGUAGAGCUUUGUAGUGAGAUGAUAUUCAUCUGCUCAUGAGAAUGUCAGAAGACCCGCCUCUGAGUUCUGCCAACCUUGGAAGUUACUUGGCCAGAUGAAUGGUAUAACAAUCUGGGAGGAGUAACCAGGGACUGUGUUGCAGUUUUCCAUAUUGUAACAGGAUUUGGAUGUGGGUGUUGGUAUUCGAUGAUUGCACAGUAUGAAAUUAUGAAUAAAGAUGCUAUAUGAUUAUGUAUAUGUAUUGUAGAAUAUUAAAUAAAUUAACUGUAUGUAAAGUAUAUUACAAACUU